AUGCCCGUGGGUCGCGUCAUGGCUGGGAACGACAGCAGCCGGUCCUACAUGAGUUCAAAGGAGGAGGACCCGCGCCACGAAGACUACUCGGAGGACGAAGAGCACCACCCAAAGUCCUCGUCCCGCGAGUCCAAGUCCCGCAUUGGCAUCCGAUGCCUCGCGACUGCGGGCCCCCGCGUGAGCGUCCGUGACCAGAUCGGCGAGCUCUUUGGCCGCUGCAACAAACACGACGACGUGCUCCGAGACAUUGACGCGACGCAGCGCGCCGACAAGACGCAGAUUCUCGCCAUGAUCGAGCGCCUCGCCGAGCGCAUGGACGCCGAAGUCGCGCUUGUCCGAUCCGAGCACGAGAAGGCGCUCAAGGCCGCGCAUGACGAGAUCGAUCGGCUCAACAAGUGUCUCAACGUCCAGCGCGGCCAAGUCAUGACGCUCGAAGAGCAGUGCCAAUCACUGCAUCGCCACGUUGUCCAAGUCGAAGAAGACGUCCAAGUGCUUGCCACCGAGGUCUUAGGAGAGUAA